AUGUUCUUUCUUUCUUUCUUAUUUUUCUUUUGUCUUUCUUACUCUUUCCAGCUUUUAUUUCAAUCAUUUUCUUUCUUUAUGACUUGUCUAUUUUCUUUUUUUGUCUUUCUUAUUUUUCACAUUUCUUUCUUUCUUUUAAUUAUUUUCUUUAAUCUCUUCUCCGUUUUUCUUUCUUUUUUUCUUUCUUUCAAUUACCUUUCUCGUUUUCUUUUCUUUCUUUCCUUUAUUUCAAUCAUUUUCUUUCUUUUCGUUAUUACUUUAAUCACUUCUCUAUUUUCUUUCUUUCUUCCGUCCCCCCUCUCACUUCCAUUAAUUUCGUUCGUCUCCUUCCCAAACGCAGACACACAGACACAAAGACAUCCACACACCUACGAUUUCAUAGGGAUAGAUAGAUGGAUAUCUAUCUAUCUAUCUAUCUAUCUAUCUAUCUAUCUAUCUAUCUAUCUAUCUAUCUAUCUAUCUCAGCCUGUUCAUCUAUCUAUCUAUCUAUCUAUCUAUCUAUCUAUCUAUCUAUCUAUCUAUCUAUCUAUCUAUCUAUUUUUAAUCCUUGAAAGAAGCGAACAUUUUAUUAUACACACACAUAUCUAUCUAUCUAUCUAUCUAUCUAUCUAUCUAUCUAUCUAUAUAGAUAGUCUAGCUACAGUGAAAUAUACAUACAUAUCUAUCUAUCUAUCUAUCUAUCUAUCUAUCUAUCUAUCUAUCUAUCUAUCUAUCUAUCUUAAAUAUUAUAUAUAUUGUGUGGGCGGAUGUGUAUCUAGGCAAACAAGUUUCUUUUAA